GAAAUAACAAAAUAUUUAAUUCAGUAUAAACAAAUUUUAUAUGAUGCCUCUGCAUAUUACGUUGUACGAAUUAUACACAUCUUAUGAAAAAUGGGUUAGUACUCAUCCGCAUUUGGUAAAUGAUGCUGAAACUAUAGUAAAAUGGCUCUCUUAUUUUAUUGCGGGAAGAAUGAACACUUCAAAUGUAGUAACAGAAUUGAUAUAUUCUCUAUCUAAUCUCUUAGUAUUGUUCAACGACCGUAUAAUAUAUAAAUCAAGAAAGAUUAAUUACAGACCUGAUGAAGUUACAAAGUUGAAACUAUUGUUGACAACUGUUGAAUAUUGUGAAGUAUUUAUUGAAUUAUCAGUUAAACGUUAUUUAGGAGACAAAGCAAAAUGGAUUGUUAUUGCCUUAUUACAAAUUUAUAAAUGUCUAGGCAGACUUAUUUUAUUAUAUUAUUAUGAUGAAGAAAUAAUUCAAUCUCCUCCUGUACCCCCAUUACAACGUCGCAAAGAAAUAGAAACAACAGAACAAGUAAUAUCGGAGCCAACUUUAUCAUUUACUCUGAAAAGAUCAGGACGAAUUUUAAGGAAAGUUGACACAGCACCUCCAAAAGAGCUCCGAACAUGGAAUCCACCACAAAGCACUGAAAAAAGAAAUUGCAGGGUUAACAAAGGAUCGCUGACUACUGCUGAGACUUUGUAUAUUAUAAAGCCAUUGGCACAUUUGGUUGCUAUGCGUACUUUUGGAACAGAGUCUUGGAAAAUGUGGCUUAUAUCCCUGGGAUUUGAUAUUUCCAGCUUACGUCUCUUUUCCAAAGCCACGACUUCUGAAACUAAAGUAGUAUUGACAAAGCAACAAAGAAUUGAACUUUCGAGAAGAUGUUUAAUGUUAUUUAUGUAUUUGAUGAGAUCUCCAUGUUAUGAUCGAUAUACAAAAGAUGCAGUCAUUUCAGUAUUAAAUGGAAUAGGUAACAAAAUUCCUUUUGCAAAUUCCGUUGUAGUUCCAAUAUUGCAGUACUUACCACAUUGGCAGAAAACAUAUUUUUAUAUGUGGUCUGGUUGAUUUAUU